AAAGCAGCCUUGAAUGGAGGGCACUUGUCGCCGUUGGCUCUUUCUUGGGAAGCAAGACCUUCCUCUACAUAGUUGUUGUUGGUAUUAGUAGUACUGAAUUGUUGCUUAGUAAAGAUGGCGAUUGUGGACCUUGCCUCUCUCGACGAGCAGAUUGAGAGACUCCGGGGAGGUGAUACACUCACGGAAAAUGAGGUUCGAAACCUCUGCGAGAGGGCCAAGGAAAUUCUCCAAGGCGAAUCGAACGUGCAGCCUGUGAACGCCCCCGUGACGGUCUGCGGAGACAUUCACGGCCAAUUCUACGAUUUGGCAGAACUCUUUCGCAUUGGAGGCAAAUGUCCCGAAACAAACUACCUAUUCAUGGGAGACUACGUCGAUCGAGGGUACUACUCCUUGGAAACCGUCACCCUCCUCGUUGCAUUAAAAGUCCGAUACAAGAAUCGCAUCACCAUUCUCAGGGGAAACCACGAAAGUCGACAGAUUACCCAAGUCUAUGGCUUUUAUGACGAGUGUCUGCGAAAGUACGGCAAUGCCAAUGUCUGGAAACACUUUACCGAUACCUUUGACUUUCUACCCAUGACGGCUGUCGUCGCGGGACGCAUAUUCUGUCUUCACGGAGGACUGUCACCCUCCAUUGAUACCCUCGAUCAUGCACGUGAUCUAGAUCGAGUUCAGGAAGUCCCCCACGAAGGACCCAUGUGUGAUCUCGUCUGGUCCGAUCCCGAUGACCGUUGCGGUUGGGGUAUUUCGCCUCGGGGAGCUGGUUACACCUUUGGAGUCGAUAUCACCGAACAGUUUACCCACAUUAAUGGACUCUAUUUCAUUUCAAGGGCUCAUCAGUUGGUCAUGGAGGGAUACCAGUGGCAGCAUAAUCGAUCAGUUGUCACGGUUUUCUCGGCUCCCAAUUAUUGCUACCGAUGUGGUAAUCAGGCCGCUAUUAUGGAAGUCGAUGAUACCGUCGAAACCUGCGCCAAGGAUAACGUUCAUGAUCAUUGCAAAUUCUCUCAAUUCGAUCCGGCACCUAGAGAUGAAAACUGGCACAAGAGCCCACGAACUCCCGACUACUUUUUGUAAUACUAUCUUGACUCGGUGGAAUUAUCAUUAUCACUGUGGCCGUUAGUAUUCAUAGCACUGAAACUAACGAGAUAGAGUCCCCCGUUUUCCCGUGUAUGUAUCCACACUUGGAGUUUUCUCAUUUAAUGUCUAGUUAGGCAGAUACUAGUAGUUAUUUGGUGCAUUCGUACGAGACUAGCCAGCGGCU